AUGGGGGCCGUGGACAGCCGGCGGGGCCUGCGCAGACCACCCAGCCUCCUGCUGCUGCCACCCCUCUGCCUGCUGUGUCUCGGGGCCUCAGGUGAGCGAUACUCAACCCCAGGGCAGCCCGACGAGGAGGUGGCGUCCGUCCAGGGAGUGCGGGGCGGCUCUGUGGAGCUGGCCUGUGGCUCCCCGCCCGCCCCCGUGGUGGUCUUCUGGAGCUUCACCCCCCUGGGCUCGCAGAUCCCCCGGCCGGUGGCUGUCACCAGUGGAGCCGAGUUCAAGGUGGAGGCCGGGGCCUCGGCUCUGGGGACCGUGAGCCUGCGGAACAGCAGCCUGGUGCUGGGGGAGCUGCGGGAGGCUGCCCGCGGCCACUUCCUGUGCCAGGCCCUGCACGCCACCGGAGGCCGGCUGCACACCGCCUACUCCCACUUCAGCCUGGCCGUGCUGGUGCCUGUGUCGAAGCCUCAGGUGCGGCUGAGCGAGCCGUCCCCCGUGGAGGGGACAUCGGUGGUGGCCACGUGCACAGUGCGGGAGGGCACGGAGCCCGUGACCUUUGCCUGGAAGCAUCAGGCACCCAGAGGCCACGGGGAGGCCCCGCUGGGGGUCAGGGAGCGAGUGCUCCUGCUGGACCCAGUCAACCGGACACACCUGGGCUGGUACGUGUGCAGCGCCCACAACGCCGUCAACCAGCUGAGCAGCGACGGGGCCUUCCUGGACGUCAUCUACGGUCCGGACAAGCCUGUGGUCACCAUGGAGCCGCCGGGCUUCACCGAGGAGGGUUUCUGGGCCAGUGAGAAGGAAGAAGUGACUCUGAGCUGCCUGGCUGCAUCCAACCCCCCUAGUCACUAUGUGUGGCUCCGGGACCACACGCAGGUCCACACCGGGCCGACCUACACCAUCGCCAGCGCCAGCCGCGCCCACACUGGCCUGUACACCUGCCUGGCCCACAACAGCCGCCUGGACACCCGCACGCAGACUGCCAUCCAGCUCAGCAUCUACUAUCCCCCCGAGGGGCAGCCCUCCUGUGCAGUGCUCCCCGCCCCCGGGGCUGUGACUUUGGUCUGCGCCUGGCCUGGGGGGCUUCCAGCUGCCCAGCUGCAGUGGGAAGGGCCCCAGGGAACGGGCCCUGCCGCCCUCAGCAAUGUCACCUGGAGCCACGCAGCCACCCAGCUGCCCAACGGCAGCGUCUUCACCUGCACCGGCCAGCACCCCGCCCUGGCGCUGCCCGCCCCCUGCAGGACUGCGCUGUGGGAACCCCACCGGAACCCUGCGUGCUGGACCAUGGCCACAUCGGGGGAGCAGUUCAUCAUGCUGAGCUGCGAGUGGGCUGGCGGCGAGCCCCCCGCCCUGCUGAGCUGGCUGGAUGGGCAGCAGCAGCCGCUGGGCAGCAGCAGCGCCUCACUGGCGGUCCACCUCCUGCCGGCCCUGGGCGACCUGGCUGGCAGGGUGUUCACCUGCCAGGGCACUCACCCGCUCAGGGUCCCCGGUCCCCACUGCCGGCUUCAGCUGGAAGCCCCACAGCUGGCAGUGGCUACGGCCCAGGUGUCGGUGCUGGAGGGGCAAGAAGCCUGGCUGCGGUGUGUCCUCCUGGGGGGCACACCACCUGCCCACCUCCUCUGGCUGGGACCCCAGCGGCAGCUCUUGGAACCGGGCGAUUCCGGAUUCAUGCUGCACCCCGAGGGCUCCCAGCUCCACCUUAGCAUCCGCGGUGCAGACCCAGCUCGCCACGGGGGCACCUACCAGUGUGUGGCUCGCAACGCCGUGGGCAACAGCAGUGGCAGCAUCCUGCUGGAGGUCCUCCGGUACCCAGCUCCCCCCAACGUCACCAUCAGCCGCCUGACCUACGGGAGGCACCGCAGAGACGUGCAGCUGCAGUGGGCGGUCGCGGGCCCCGGCAACCUGACCGGCUUCCUGGUGCAGCGCAGGGCGGGCGCUCCGGGCCCGGGAGCUGCGGCCUGGGAGACCGCGGCCGGCGACAUCGAGCCGGAGAGCAGAGCCCGGCGGCUGGGGGGCUUGGACCCCGGGGUGCUCUACACCUUCCGCAUCCUGGCUCUGAACCACCGCACGGCGGGACAUCCCUCUGAGGGGAAGAUACCAGCGGACCCGCCCUUGAGCGCCUACCCAGCUGUGCUGGGCGCCGCGGGCACAGGCAUGGUGGUGGCGACGGUGGCCUCUCUGCUGGUGUUCCAGUACGCGGCCCGGCACCCGGAGGCCUUCCCCUGCCUCGGGCAGCUGCUCGUUCCCACGGAGCAGAGCCACCCACACAGGGGCUCGGCGGAGGGCCCUGAGGCGCAGGCAGGCACUGAAACGCCACCUGCCACCCCAGCUUCGGAUCCGGCGCAGGAGUCCAUGGAUGCGCCAGUGAACGUCACCAUCACAGUGACUGCAACACCUUGA